GUUCGAUAGUCUCUUGGAAUGAUAAAAUCAUGAAGACCACAGUGUGAUAUUAAUGAUAGUGCAUCAAUUUAUUACAAUUAAUUAUUACAAACAUUUGGUACACUUAUUUCAACAUAUAGAGUAUCUGAGGCAACAAUUAACAUGACAAUAUUUCUGAAGCUAUUGUUAUUUAGCUAUUGUUUAACAUUUAUCAAUGCAAAGGUCUUUUUCACUGAUACACAAAUUGAACUAUGUGAAAAAAAUUUACGUGACUUUCACAAAAUAAUACCGGAACACUAUAAUAUUCAACUUGAACCAGACAUGGAACGAAAUACUUUCUACGGCGAAUGUAAUAUUAGCAUUACGAUUCUUGUACCAACGCAAUAUCUAACACUGUAUUCAAAAAUUAAAUGUUUAAAUGAUGUAACUUUGACUGAUAAUCCGCCAAGAUUUUCCUGGAACAAUACAGAAAUUAUUGAUUAUCCGAUAAAUUAUUUAUAUAAGAAUACGAAUGAAACUGUCCAGAUUUUCUUUAGAAAUUAUUUAUCAUCAGGACGUUAUAUUUUGAAUAUGAAAUAUGAUGAUAUUAUAAAUCCAGAUACAAAGUUGACAACUUUUUACAAACAAGAAUAUAAAUGGUGGGUAAUGCCAACGCAUUCCGAUAUAUUUGCGGCCCGACAAGUGUUUCCCUGCUUGAGCGAACUUUUGGAAGCCACCUUUAAAAUUACUAUAAAGCAUUAUCGUAAAUGCGUAGCUAUAUCAAAUAUGGCGGUACAAAAAGUGGAAGAUGAUGAUGAAGGCAUGACAUUCACACAUUUCCGAACUACACCUUCACUGCCUACUUAUCUCAUAGGAGGAAUAGUGACUAAUUUUUAUAACAAGCCUACUAAUAAAAUUGCAAAUGUGUGGUAUAGAAAUUCUUCCGCUUUGGGCAUAGCAUUUGCUGAAGAAGUUAUUCAUCAUGCUGCAUUGCACUUAGAAAAAAAAUGGAAACGUAUAGACCUAAUUUCGAAAGUGAAUCAUUUUGCGAUUCCAAAUUUUCCAGAUAAUGGUAUGGUGCAUUUAUGGGGAGCAGUUCUUUAUAGAGAGGAAGACAUUUUUUAUAAUAAAAAGUUAAAACCUGUUGGUCAUAAAAUCGAGAUAGCUCAUCUAAUAGCAUAUAAAAUGUCACAGGAAUGGUUUUAUAAAGUUUAUAAUUUAAUUUCGGCAUCGACAUUAUUUUGGUUUAACGAGUGUCUUAUUAGAUUUUUAGGAAUCGAUGCCGUCGAUAAGGGACUCCCACAUAUCCACUUAAUGAAUCUGUUUAUGGUACAAUCUUUUCACGAAGUUCUUGAUUUCGACACUUCUUAUAAUACACCUUCGUUCAACAGUUCUUAUGAAUUUCCCCGUUGCAUUAAAGUAUCUAUUAUGCUGCGGCUGUUACAAAUCGCACUUUCUGAACAAAUAUUUUGGAGAUUUAUGCGCUCAUAUAUAAUAAACAACAAGUUAAAUUACAACAAUUUGAUGGGAUCUUUGAAUGAAGUUAUGAACCACAAAGAUGUGAGUAUGUCAAGAAAAUAUAAAACAGAAAUAUUCGACAUCGUUCAAAUAAUAGAUCCAUGGACAAAGCAAAAGCAUUAUCCUACUAUAAGUGUCAACCGAGAUUAUGAUCUUUCUGGCAAGAUGGAAAUAUUAAUAGAAAAUUAUAAUUCAUCAUAUCAUUAUUGCAUACCUCUGACAUAUACUAUACAGUCCGAUCUCAGUUUUAACGAUUCAGUACGUCUUUAUUGGUUAAACAGGAAAAGAUCAUUUCAUUUAAGUAAUUGGAAUUUAAGAAUAGAGGAUUGGGUGAUAUUCAACCUACAACAACUUGGAUAUUAUCGAGUUAAUUACGAUUUAGGGAAUUGGAAAAGAAUUGCACGUUAUCUUGAUUCUGAGAAUUACACAAAUAUACACGUUCUCAAUCGUGCUCAAAUUAUCGAUGACGCUUUUCAUUUUACGAUAACGAAACAACUCGAUCCUCUUGUAUUCGGGAUGAUUACAGCAUAUCUAAAACGAGAAACAGAUUUUGUGGCAUGGUAUCCUAUGUUUAAAGCUCUGGAAUACAUGUCGAGCAUCUUUCUACUUCCAGAAGAAAAAAGUGAUAGACUCAAGCAAAGAAUGCGACUUAUUUUGAAUAAAUUAUUUGAAGAACUUAAAUCCGAAGAAAUUUUUAAUGAUAAUUCUGAUGAUAACGAUUUUAAAAAACGUUUAAUACAUGAGGUUGCAAAAUGGGCGUGUUUUUUGGAUGACUACAAGUGCCAAGAAAUGGCCAAUCGUGUUUUAAAACGACAUCUGGAACAUCCUGAAAAAUACAAAUUGUUGCCGUGGUGGAAAAAAUGGACAUAUUGUAAUGGUUUAAAAUUAAUGUCCCAUUCUAAUAUUAUUAAUUAUGAAAAUUCUACUUGGUGGUCAAAACAUUAUAUGAAAAAAGAAAACUUUAAAAUUAAAGUUUUAGAAUAUCUGGCUUGCUUUGAGCAUCCAGCUUUUAUAAGAAGUUUUCUAAAUUUUCUAAGAACUAAUAAUAAAACAUCGAUUAUAUUGCUAAAAGAUUUUAGCGAUCAUUAUGAUAACGCUUUUCUUUUGAAUAUUGCGAACUACGCGAGAAAUAAAAUAUUAAAGAUCAAAUAUAAAGAUCAAAUGUUAAACUUUAUAUUCAACAAAUUUAUGGAACUAAGACCACAGAAACACAAAAUAGCUGUAAUGUUUACAGUUUUAUUAAAUCAUUUAUAUUCUAUGGAACAAAUCAAAGAGGUAAAAGAAUUUCUGAAUGAUCAUUUGCUGGAAUCGAAAAAUUAUAUAAAAAAGAAUAUACGGAAAAAUUUGAAAGAGCCUUCAGAUGGAAUUCUCGAGUAUUGUGUUACAGUAUCUUAAAUAAACCAGCAAAAAUUAUUAUUAUUUUAUAUUUUUCCCUAAUAAUUUUUUAAUGAUUAAUAUAAAAAUGAUUUAUUCUAAAUUGCUGCGAAACUGAUAACACAAUGGAAAGAAGAAGAAUAAUUACAUAAACAAAUUCAAAUCAAAUUGGACAUAUGCUCUGAACAAAUCGAAUCUAAUGUAAAGUAUCUUAACAAUUUAAUUGCUUAAUGAAAACUAAUAAUAGUAAUAUUUAUCUCAGCGUAAUCUCAACCUAUCUGUUUGAAAAAUAUUUUUUGUACGCCAUAUAUUUAAUAUUUUAAUUAUGUCCACUUAGAUGCAUUAAUAAUAUGAUACUCAAUUGCAUUAACAUCAAAGAUAUUUCAUGCAUGGGUUUUUCUUAUCGUUUUGCGAUAUUUAAAUCAUAUUAAAUUUUAUUAUGUAAAUGACAAAUUCUGAUUUUUUAAUAUGUAGAUUAAUAUAUUUUAUAAAUAUUAUAAAAACAAAUUUGUCUACAGAAUGCAAACGUGGUGUAUCAUUAAUGUAUCGAAAUGUACCAUCGUAUUUUAAAUUGUAUUUUAAUUAUAUUUUCUAUAUUUUGAACUUUUUUCAUAUCAGUAAUAU